AUGGAUAGUGAGACGCAAGGCGCUUCGCAGGCUCCGAGCACGACAGAUUCAGAGGCCAUGGCGGUGAGACGCCUGGAGAUGGAGCUAGAAAAGGUGCGCCUACAGCUAGAGUGCGAGCGCAUUGCUCUACGGAGAGUGGAGCUUGAGCAGUCGGGCAGGCCGCCUUCGGUGUCGGAAGGAAGCGAUCUCCGCCGUGCUAGCACGGAUGGAAUAUCACAAUGUGCUAAAGUGCUUAAGGCAUACCGGUUCCCGUGUGACGCUGACGUUCCGAUAUGGUUUGAUGAGGUUGAAAAGUUGUUUUUAUCUUUUCAAGUACCAGAACACAGCCGUGUACAUUUGAUCAUGCCUGCGCUGACCGAGCGGGUCCGUUAUCUGUUGCGUAGCCUGAAUGAUGAGGAAUGUACAGAUUACGAGACUGUAAAGAAGGCAGUACUAGAUGAACUUAAGCUCACGCCAGCUGAAUACUUGGGGAAGUUUGAAAGGGCAUCGAAACGAAAGGAGGAAACUUGGGCUCAGUUCGCGUCUCGCGCUAGAACUUAUUUGGCCUAUUACCUUCAAUCUCGCAAUGCAAACACAAAAGAAGCUAUGACGGAGCUUAUGGUCGCUGACCGUAUGAAAGCCAGUAUAGGCUCAGAAGCCCUGGAAUAUGUUCUUUUGCGGGAGGGCGAAGAGUGGUUUAAGCCAGUAGAGGUGGCAAAGGUGCUGGAGACUUUCGAGCAAGCUAAAGGGAAAGGACGAGCAACUAAGCCGGCCGCAACAGCCUCAUUGACGCAGCAAGCAAAACUAGCUAGCCCGCAGAGGACAAAUUUAAAAUGCCACGUGUGUCAUAUACAGGGACACCUAGCCAGAGACUGCCCAAAAACUUCAAAUAAAGAACAACAGGGGAAGGCACCGACUGUGCAAAAACAAAGGGUACAGAAGGUUGCUGUUGUGAGUGAAGAACCUCCACCAGAGCAAGAAAGGGUGCUUAGCGCUAGAGUAGAAAUCUUGGCUCAAAAUGCUAGCUCAGGGAGGUCAAAGCUGGACCUUAUCCCUAUCAUGUGCGGGGAUAUAGCAACGGAAGCUGUAUUGGACACAGGUAGUGAGAUAACGGUCGUCCGUAAAAGCAUGCUGCCCGUCGUUUUACAGGAGCCAUCGGGAACAGUAAGACUCGAGUCGGCAUUCGGAAAGACCAUUCGAGCUAACCUAGCUACGCUGCCCGUAGGCAUGCAUCGCCCGGGGGCUGUGAUACAACCGCAGAGGAUCGACCUGGUUCUCCACUGCCGAACACCCUGA